AGGGACACUCUCUCUUCCUCCUCUUCCCUCCUUCCUCCUCUUCUGUCGUGACGUUCAUUCAGGAGGAAACACCACAAACAGUCCUGAGAUAUUCUGAGAGACUUUACUCACUCCAGAGUGUGUGUGACUCAGGGAAAUACCUCUGUGGACAGAGGGAGGGAUUAACAGGCAGAGAGGUAUAAUUACAGUAACAGAGCAGAGAGGGAGAGUAGAGUGACCCUGCACACAGUGUUCAUUCAGCUCAGACCACCAAACCAUCAGGACCAGAACCAUCAGCACUGGAUCCAACGAGACGAGACCUGCAACACUCAGAUCUAAUCGGGACCAGAUUCAAAGACCAGACCUGCUUUGUGCCCCUCUCUGCUGACAGCCUUUCAGGAUUUGUAACUUCACUGUUAGUUGCUAAAUUCUGCUGGACUCUGCAGGACUCUACUGAGGCCUUGAUCUAAAGGGUCUUGAACUGUUCAACAGCUGCUUCCUGUUUCUGUGCUGAGUCCGAGGGGCCGACUGUCAGGAGCAUCAGCGGCGGUCAGAGCCCAUCAUGUCCUGUCUGUUUGCCGUGAUCUUCUUCGUAGCUGUCGGUCUUCUCAUCGACGCCUCUCCGGCGGUCUCUCCGACUCCGGAGGUCGACGGGGUGUCUCGGCUCCAAGAGGGGGCGCCGUCCACGGACUGUCCGUCCUGCUCUCUGUCUCAGAUGAGGAGGAACACGUCUUCGUUGGGAGGACAGAGCGACAUGGUGGAGGCGGUGAAGCGUCACAUUCUCAACAUGCUGCACCUGAGCGCUCGGCCCAACCUGACGCACCCGGUCCCUCGAGCCGCGCUGCUCAACGCCAUCAAGAAGCUGCAUGUUGGCCGCGUGGCCGAAGAUGGCAGCAUAGAAAUCCAGGAAGAGGGCCGGGGCCCCGGGGCCCGAACACCACCUGAGCCCCCGUCUGAGAUCAUCACCUUCGCAGAGCCAGGAGCCUCUGUGAACAUGGUGACCUUUGACAUUUCGAAGGAGGAUGAUGGCCCCUCGGUGGUGGAACAGGCGAACGUCUGGAUCUUUCUGAAGGUGUCGAAGGGAAUCCGAGUGAAAGGCAAAGUGAUGAUGCAGCUGCUGCAGCUUCGUCCUGAGGGCGAGGAGGAGGAUGAUUGUGUUUCAGAGAAGAUGGUGGACACUCGUCGCAGCGGCUGGCACACCUUCGCCAUCUCUCGCAGCGUUCAGACUCUGCUGGACAGCGGCGGGGGCAGCUCGCUCAGCCUGCGGAUUUCCUGCCCGCUGUGCACCGAGGCUGGAGUCACACCCGUCCUGGUGCCUGCUGACGGCGAGCGAGCGAGAGAACAGUCACACCGACCGUUCCUCAUGGUGGUGCUUCGAGCUCUGGAGGAGGUAACUCAACGACGAGUUAAACGAGGUCUGGAGUGCGAUGGGAAAAUACGCGUCUGCUGCAAACGACAGUUUUACGUGAACUUCAAAGACAUCGGCUGGAACGACUGGAUUAUAGCGCCGUCUGGUUACCAUGCCAACUACUGCGAGGGCGACUGUCUGAACCACAUGGCGAGCAUCAGCGGCUCGUCCCUCUCCUUCCAUUCAACGGUCAUCAAUCAUUAUCGAAUGAGGGGCUACGGCCCCUUUCAAAACAUCAAGUCGUGCUGUGUGCCGACGAGGCUGCGCGCAAUGUCGAUGCUGUACUACAACGAAGAGCAGAAGAUCAUCAAGAAAGACAUAGAGAACAUGAUUGUGGAGGAGUGCGGCUGCUCGUAAAGAUGUUAGAAACACUUCCUGCUUCCUGCAGGAAAAGCAUUUUCCCAGUCAAGAUAAAGCAUUUAUGUUUAGUGAUGAAGCAUCGUAUUUCUUAUUGGAAGAGACUCUUUUCCACAUUGGAACGACCUGAGAAUACUAUGCAACUGCUCCUGCAAAGUUAAACUUUCUGUCUACAUUUAUAUGUGUAGUUUGUCUUUUGUAUUCCAUUGUGUGUCUAUUGUUUUCUAUUGUUAUAGAAAACGUGAGAGGAUCACAUUUGAUAUGUCAACCUAUGUAAAAAAAAUCUGACAUCAGGAUACUUGAAAUCUGUUCAAACGGCUGCUGGAGCCAAACAUCAUCAUUAUUCAUUAUUUUUAUAAUUAUUAUUAAUAUUAAAUAAGUUCAAUGUUGAUAUUUACACAACAUUCCUGGCAGAGAUUCAGAAAGAGACGAAAGCCAAAGACAGUCAACACUGAUGAAAGUUUGGUUCACUGAAGUACAGACUAACAGUAUAAUAGUGAGUAAAUGAGCUGGACAAAACGUCAGUAAACGAGCUGCGAGUAAAUGAAGUGGAUGAAGUCUUAGUUAACGAGCUGAGAGUAAAUUAACUGGGCGAAGCGUCAGUUAACGAUCUAAAAGUAAAUUAAGUGGAUGAAGUCUUAGUUAACGAGCUGAGAGUAAAUGAAGUGGGUGAAGCGUCAGUUAACGAAUUGAAAGUAAAUGAAGUGGAUGAAGUCUUAGUUAACGAGCUGAGAGUAAAUGAAGUGGGUGAAGUGUCAGUUAACGAUCUAAAAGUAAAUUAAGUGGAUGAAGUCUUAGUUAACGAGCUGAGAGUAAAUGAAGUGGGUGAAGUGUCAGUUAACGAUCUAAAAGUAAAUUAAGUGGAUGAAGUCUUAGUUAACGAGCUGAGAGUAAAUGAAGUGGGUGAAGUCUUAGUUAACAAGCUGAGAGUAAAUUAACUGGAUGAAGCGUCAGUUAACGAGCUGAGAGUAAAUGAAGUGGGUGAAGUGUCAGUUAACGAUCUAAAAGUAAAUUAACUGGAUGAAGCGUCAGUUAACGAGCUGAGAGUAAAUGAAGUGGGUGAAGUCUUAGUUAACAAGCUGAGAGUAAAUUAACUGGAUGAAGCGUCAGUUAACGAGCUGAGAGUAAAUGAAGUGGGUGAAGUCUUAGUUAACAAGCUGAGAGUAAAUUAACUGGAUGAAGCGUCAGUUAACGAGCUGAGAGUAAAUGAAGUGGGUGAAGUCUUAGUUAACAAGCUGAGAGUAAAUUAACUGGAUGAAGCGUCAGUUAACGAGCUGAGAGUAAAUGAAGUGGGUGAAGUGUCAGUUAACGAUCUAAAAGUAAAUUAACUGGAUGAAGCGUCAGUUAACGAGCUGAGAGUAAAUGAAGUGGGUGAAGUGUCAGUUAACGAUCUAAAAGUAAAUUAACUGGAUGAAGCGUCAGUUAACGAGCUGAGAGUAAAUGAAGUGGGUGAAGUGUCAGUUAACGAUCUAAAAGUAAAUUAAGUGGAUGAAGUCUUAGUUAACGAGCUGAGAGUAAAUGAAGUGGGUGAAGUCUUAGUUAACAAGCUGAGAGUAAAUUAACUGGAUGAAGCGUCAGUUAACGAUCUGAGAUUAAAUGAAGUGGACAAAGUCUCAGUUAACAAGCUGAGAGUAAAUUAACUGGACUAAGCGUCAGUUAACGAUCUGAAAGUAAAUUAAGUGGAUGAAGUCUUAGUUAACAAGCUGUGGACAAAGCGUCAGUUAACGAGCUGAGAGUAAAUGAACUGGACAAAGUCUCAGUUAACGAACUGCGAGUACAUGAAGUGGAUAAAGUGUCAGUUUACAAGCUGAGAGUUUUAGUGUAAAUUAUUUUCCUGGUGAAACAUAACCACAUGGAAAAAUGUUCAUCAGUUUGUGUUUGUUGUUUGAUUAUUAAAAAAAACAAGAAAUGUU